CCGGGAAACGUACAAGCGCGACACUCGGGAAGUCACCGGCAUGACCAGAAUCACGUUUGAUUUGUAGCAGGAUGACUUGUAGAGUUGAAAGUGAAAAAAUAUUCUUAUUUGACGAACCAAUAAAACCCCUUGGAGGAGCAUUUUUUCAACAGUGGCGAGUUUCUACCUGCGUCACGAUUGGUGCCAUAAAAGUGACGUUUAUGACUGGCUCUUUGUACUUUUCUCCACAAAGUGGGUCAACAGCGUGUGCGCGCAUGGUGCGCGCGCAUGCACGUUUUCCUCCGUUUAUAAGGCAAAAGGCGUGUGUGCAUCGUGAGCGGCUGCAUAUCGUCAUUAUUGUCUCUCAAAGGCAACCCUCAAGAGUGUGAAAAGAGGAACUCCCAGGGCCCAUUAAGUCACGUUUCAACGCUUCCUUCUGCAGUCAAAUAGAUUCUCGUUCUUUUGUCGAGCCACGACUCCAUCCAGCAUGCAAGCGCAGAUUUCCAUUCUGGAGAGGCAACGGCAAGAGCUGCUGACCAUCAAUGAGAAAUGGGCAAAAGAGUACAACAUCAUGGUGGCCUUCUACCAACAGAAGCUUCUGAGUCUCCGGGUAUCGCGACGAGAUCACAGCGACGUUGUGAAAGAGACAUACCAAACAAAACCAUGCAAGAGAGAAAAACUUCAGCCUGUCAACUCUGAACUCCACAAAGCUGUGACGGAAGCCGAAGAACUCCGGGCGCACAACCAUGUUCUGACGAAAAAGGGUCAGCAACAGCUGGAGGAGAUCAGCCGGCUCAAUAAAGCUCUUGAGGAGAGACUCCAUCCGUUUCAGACAUUCGAGGAGAGUCGUGGAUCUGCAGAGGACCUCUGGAAACAUCAGGCGGAGGUGUUCAAGGAGGACUUCCUGAAGGAGCGAGGAGAUCGGGAGAAGCUCCAGUACAAAUACAUUGAGCUGCAGAAGAAGCUUUCCAAAGCCCGAGAUGAGCUGCACCUCCUUAAAUCGCAGGCCACUUGGACCCGCAUCCUGCACCCCGUGGUAGACUGCACUUGCAAGACGACCACAGCCCCACCAGCGUCCCAAAGAAGACGGUACCCAACGAGAGACAACUGAAACCGGACAUCUUUUUGCAAAUCAUCCUCUCAGUUUCCUGAGACAGGUGGCCCAAAUGGCCUUCAGUGAGGAUUGUGCGAACAUUUCUGGCGCCCUCUAGUGACGCUGGUCGUGGAUUGCAUUUGCGAAAAUGUCCAACGCAAUUUUCCAUCCAUUUUCUCUACCGCUUUGUCCCCACGGGGGUCGCGGGUGGGCUGGAGCCUAUCCCAGCGGUCAUCGGGCAGUAGGCGGGGGGAACCCUGAACCGGUUGCCAGCCAAUCACAGGGCACACAGAGACUAACGACAAUAUUGUCAAACUGAACUGUUCACCUUCAAAUAUAGCUUCGACUAAACAUGCAUGUUUGGUCAGCUUGUUCGUGCAAGAUGUCAAGCACACAAAGUAAAACUUUUAAUAACCUCAAAUAAAGAUUUUUUUCUUCUA